GGUUUCUUUGUUGCUUUUUUCUUUAACAAAACUAAAAAUUAAAUGGCAAUAAUAACUUUUAACUUCUCCUGCAAACAGUAUCAUCUUUUAAACGCCGCCUCUAAUUUAAUUUGCCCUCUCUGUCUCUCUAACUUUGCAUAAAUCUCCCACUUUUCUUAUCCUUCUUCCCUCAACUCUCAACUCUCGACCAGCCAUUGCUUUCAAAGUUUGCAUCUACCACUGAACUACUUUCUGCCCACGCCGAAAGCCUACUGCACUACACUAAACUUGCCCAAUUUCUUCCUCACUCCACCUCUCUACAAUAAACAGAUCAAGUUCCAAACUUUCUUUCUCUACACAAAUUAUGGGGUUUACUAGAUUCUACUACUUUACUUCUCUAAUUUUUUCCAUUUCAGGUAUUCUGGUAAUGGUGGAUUCAAUUGGUAUAAAUUACGGACAGGUAGCGAAUAAUCUUCCAUCACCGGAUAAUGUAGUACCUCUAGUUAAAUCAAUCGGAGCUACUAAAGUAAAACUCUACGACGCAGAUCCAAGGGUGCUUCGUGCAUUUGCUAAUACUGGAGUAGAAUUCAUUGUCGGACUUGGAAAUGAGUACCUUUCCAAAAUGAGAGAUCCAGAUAAAGCUCAGGCUUGGGUUAAAUCAAAUGUUCAAGCCUACUUACCCGCUACCAAAAUCACCUGUAUCACUGUUGGCAACGAAGUUUUAACCUUUAACGACACUUCUCUUAGCGAUAACCUCCUUCCUGCAAUGCAAAGCGUGCACACUGCGCUUGUUAACUUAGGGCUUGAUAAACAGGUUAGUGUUACAACAGCUCAUUCUCUAGCCAUUCUAGAAACCUCUUAUCCUCCAUCUGCAGGUGCUUUUCGCCGAGAUCUUGCCCCCUGUGUUACUCCAAUUUUAAAUUUCCACGUCAAAACAGGAUCCCCUUUUUUGAUUAAUGCGUACCCUUAUUUUGCAUACAAAGCGAAUCCUAAGCAAGUGAGUUUAGAUUUUGUUCUCUUUCAAGCUAAUCAAGGUGUCGUAGAUCCAGUCUCCAAUCUGCACUAUGAUAACAUGUUGUUUGCUCAGAUCGACGCUGUUUACUCAGCUUUAUCGUCUUUAGGUUACAAGAAGUUACCGGUUCAUAUAUCGGAAACCGGUUGGCCAUCGAAAGGAGAUGGUGAUGAGGCAGGUGCUACUCCUGAUAAUGCUAAGAAAUACAAUGGAAAUCUGAUUAAGACUAUUUGUCAAAGGAAAGGAACUCCAAUGAGGCCAAGCACUGACUUGAAUAUUUAUGUGUUUGCUCUAUUUAAUGAGAAUAUGAAGCCUGGACCUACUUCUGAGAGAAAUUAUGGUUUAUUUAAACCUGAUGGAACCCCCGCUUAUUCACUUGGAAUUUCAUCAACCGAGGUCGUCGCUACUAAUACUACUAGUCCGAGUGUAACCGCCGGACCUCCACCAGCUGCGCCGGAGAGUUCUUCCACUGGCUACUUGUCCAUUUCUAGUGCAAAGGACACAUAUAAUGGCGUGAUUGGGCAUGCUUUGGUUGUUCUGGCGAUUAUCAUCUGCAAGGCCUUCACCUAAACCAAUCAACCGUUAUUGACCAACAAAAAAGAAAAAGAAAGGAAACAAUCAACCGUUGAAAGUAAUGGAAAGAGAGAAUAAGAGGCAGCUUCGGAGAUUGGGAAAGGUUAAGUUCUCUCCAGUUCUGUUCCUUUACUUGUGCGCUGCAAUUUGUGCAAAGCCAAAGCAUCCAUCUUUAGUUUAAGUUGACUGUCGGAAUGCGCCACCUUGCUGGGGUAUAAAUUCCCAAUGACCUCCAAAAUCUUCUUAAUUGGGCCCUUUGCUAAAACCCAUCUUUUUUGUUGAUAAUUGUUGCCUUUUGUGGGUAGGCCAGCCUUUUUUCUUUUUUUAUUUCAGGUUGAUUAAAGAUCGAGUUGGGAUCCUUUUUUUUUUUUCUUUUCUUUUCUUUUCAUCUUUUUAGCUGGCAAUUGGCCAUGAAUUAGUGACUUUGCAGGGGAUAUAUUCUAUUUUCGUAAUAAUUCUUUUAGGAUAUUGAUUUUGUUCAUGAAGAGAGAUCUGUAUCCUCUUUGAAUUUAUUGAAUUUAUUAAAUUAUUUA